CCAUGCUGUGCGACAGACACGACAAUGCCCCUCUCAAGUACUGUUUCUGUAGCCUCUAAUGGAGCCUGCUCAGAAGGGACAUCGGCUUUGCUGGGCUUCACAGUGACAGGAAGGUCAUGACUGACUGGUGAAACGUGUUCCGAUGAAAGCAAAAGUGUGAAUAUAUUCCUGUUGCCUGCUGCUAGAAAUGGCCCUGUCCAUGGACUCAUCUUGGCUCCGGUGGCAGUGGCGAAUCCAAGACGGCUUCCCCCAGUCUCCAUCAGAAACCACACCGCUGCUCUCUCCAGAGACGGGCAGGCAGAGCUACAACUCAACACAGCAGCGAGUGGUAUUCCCCAACAACAAUAUGUGUCACCAGGACUGGGACAAGGUCUCCAGGAGAUACCCUGGCAAUAGGAUCCGUACAACCAAGUAUACCCUUCUCACCUUCCUGCCUCGGAAUCUCUUGGAGCAGUUUCAUAGGUGGGCUAACCUCUACUUCCUGUUCCUGGUGAUUCUGAACUGGAUGCCCUCCAUGGAAGUCUUCCACAAGGAAAUAACCAUGCUGCCAUUGGCCAUCGUUCUGUUCAUCAUCAUGGUCAAAGAUGGCAUAGAGGACUUCAAGAGACACCGCUUUGAUAGAGCAAUGAAUGGUUCCCACAUUCGAAUGUAUGAAAGGAAAGAGCAGAGCUACGUGCAGAAGCGCUGGCAGGAUGUGCGUGUGGGAGACUUCGUCCAGAUGCAACGCAAUGAGAUCAUCCCAGCAGACAUCCUUCUCCUCUUCUCCUCAGAUCCCAGUGGGGUCUGCCACCUGGAAACUGCCAACUUGGAUGGAGAGACGAACCUCAAGCAGCGGUGUGUUGUGAAGGGCUUCUCACAGCAGGGGUCGCAGUUCCAACCAGAACACUUCUACAGUACCAUCGUGUGUGAGAAACCCAACAACCACCUCAACAAGUUUAAGGGAUACAUGGAGCAUAUGGAUCAGACCCGGACUGGCAUUGGCAGCGAGAGUCUUCUGCUCCGAGGCUGCACCAUCAGAAACACUGAGGUGGUCACUGGCAUCGUCAUCUAUGCAGGCCAUGAGACAAAAGCCAUGCUGAACAACAGUGGUCCCCGCUACAAACGCAGCAAGAUUGAGCGGCGCAUGAACACAGACAUCUUCUUCUGCAUCGGCCUCCUCUUCCUCAUGUGCCUCAUUGGAGCUGUAGGUCACAGCCUCUGGAAUGGGACCUUUAAAGAACACCCUCCUUUCGAUGUGCCAGAUGCUGAUGGAAACUUCUUUUCCCUUACCCUUGGAGGCUUCUAUAUGUUCCUCACAAUGAUCAUCCUGCUCCAGAUAUUGAUCCCGAUCUCCUUGUAUGUGUCCAUUGAGCUGGUAAAGCUUGGGCAAGUGUUCUUAGUACAUAACGACCUUGACCUGUAUGAUGAAGAGACUGAUUUAUCCAUUCAAUGUCGAGCCUUCAACAUCACAGAGGACCUAGGCCAGAUCCAGUACAUCUUCUCUGACAAGACGGGCACCCUAACAGAAAACAAGAUGGUAUUCCGGCGUUGCACCAUCAUGGGCAGCGAGUAUUGUCACCAAGAAAAUGCCAAGCGACUAGAGACCCCAAAGGAUCUGGACUCCGACAGUGAAGAGUGGACUCAGUACCAGUGCCUGCCCUUCCCAACUAGAUGGGCCCAGGGCCCAGCAACGAUGAGAAGCCAAGGAGGUGCCCAGCCUCUGAGGAGGAGCCAGAGUGCCCGGGUGCCUGUCCAGAGCCACUCUCGACAAAGAUCUGUAGGGCGUUGGGAAACCUCACAGCCUCCUGUGGCCUUCAGCAGCCCCAUUGAAAAAGAUGUGACUCCAGAUAAAAACCUCCUGGGCAAGGUGCGAAAUGCCGCCUUGUGGCUGGAGACCUUGUCAGAUGCCAGGUCUGCCAAGCCUUCCCACUCCACCACCUCUUCCAUUGCUGACUUCUUCCUUGCCCUGACCAUCUGCAACUCUGUCAUGGUGUCCACAACCACUGAGCCCAGACGGAGGGUUACCAUUCUACCGUCCAGCAAGGCUCUGGGAACGUCCUUGGAGAAGAUUCAGCAGCUCUUCCAGAGGCUGAAGCUCCUGAGCCUCAGCCAGUCUUUCUCAUCCACUGCUCCCUCUGACACAGAUCUAGGGGAGAGUUUGGGGCCCAACUUGCCCCCGACAGACUUAGAUGAGAAAGACAAUGCAUCUGUGUGCAGUGGAGACUGCUCCACUGAUGGUGGCUACAGGAGCAGCACCUGGGAACAGGGUGACAUCCUGGGAUCCGGGUCAGGGUCUUCCUUGGAGGAGGGCCUGGAGGCCCCAGCUCUUGGUCUAGAUGGACCCGAGCUCUGCUACGAAGCCGAGAGCCCAGAUGAGGCGGCUCUAGUGCAUGCUGCCCAUGCCUACAGCUUCACGCUGGUGUCCCGGACACCUGAGCAAGUGACCGUGCGCCUGCCCCAGGGUACCUGCCUCACCUUUGACCUCCUCUUCACCCUGGGCUUUGACUCUGUCCGAAAGAGAAUGUCAGUAGUGGUGAGGCACCCACUGACGGGUGAGAUCAUCGUCUAUACCAAGGGCGCCGACUCAGUCAUCAUGGACCUGCUGGAAGACCCAACCUGUGUGUCUGAUAUUGAUGUGGAAAAGAAGCUGAAGAAAAUCCAAGCCCGGACCCAAAAACAUCUGGACUUGUAUGCAAGAGAUGGCCUGCGAACCCUGUGCAUCGCCAAGAAGGUCCUAAGCGAAGAGAACUUCCAAAGGUGGGCCAGUUUCCGGCGUGAGGCUGAGGCAUCCCUCGACAAUCGAGAUGAGCUGCUAAUGAAAACAGCACAGGAUCUGGAGAGUCAGCUCACCUUACUUGGAGCCACUGGGAUUGAAGAUCGACUUCAAGAAGGAGUUCCAGAUACUGUUGCUGCUCUGCAGGAGGCUGGGAUCCAGCUCUGGGUCCUGACAGGCGAUAAGCAGGAGACAGCGGUCAAUAUUGCCUAUUCCUGCAAACUGUUAGAUCAGACUGACACUGUGUACUCCAUUAACACAGAGAAUCAGGAAACCUGUGAAUCCAUCCUUAACUGUGCAUUGGAAGAGGUAAAGCAAUUCCAUGAACCACAGAAUCCAGAUCGCAAGUUCUGUGGGUACCACAUACCAUCUACGACACCAUCUGUUAACUCAAGAACUACGAUUCCUGAAGUUGGACUGGUCAUUGAUGGGAAGACAUUGAAUGCAAUUUUCCAGGGAAAGCUGGAAAGGAAGUUUCUGGAGUUAACCCAGUACUGUCGGUCCAUCCUGUGUUGCCGCUCCACCCCACUCCAGAAAAGUAUGAUUGUCAAGUUGGUGCGAGACAAGUUGAGCGUCAUGACUCUUUCCAUAGGUGAUGGAGCAAAUGAUGUAAGCAUGAUCCAAGCAGCUGACAUUGGCAUUGGAAUAUCUGGGCAGGAAGGCAUGCAGGCUGUCAUGUCCAGUGACUUUGCCAUCUCCCGCUUCAGUCACCUCAAGAAGCUGCUGCUUGUGCAUGGACACUGGUGUUACUCACGCCUGGCCAGGAUGGUGGUAUACUACUUCUACAAGAAUGUGUGCUAUGUCAAUCUGCUCUUCUGGUACCAGUUCUUCUGUGGGUUCUCCGGCUCCACCAUGAUCGAUCACUGGCAGCUGAUAUUCUUCAAUCUCUUCUUCACUUCCUUGCCUCCCAUUAUCUUUGGAGUCCUCGAUAAAGAUGUGUCUGCAGAAACACUCCUGGCACUGCCUGAACUUUACAAGAGCGGACAGAACUCUGAGAGCUACAACCUAUCAGUAUUCUGGAUUUCCAUGGCGGAUGCAUUCUACCAGAGCCUUGUCUGUUUCUUUAUUCCUUACUUGACCUACAGAGGCUCCGAUAUAGAUGUCUUUACCUUUGGAACUCCAAUCAACACCAUCUCCCUCACCACCAUCCUCUUGCACCAGGCAAUGGAGAUGAAGACAUGGACUGUCCUCCAUGGGCUCAUUCUCCUCGGCAGCUUUUUGGCCUACUUCGUGGUAUCUCUACUGUACAAUGGUACCUGCGUCACCUGUAACAGCCCAACCAAUCCCUACUGGGUGAUGGAAAGUCAGCUCUCUGAUCCAACAUUCUACCUCGUCUGCCUCCUCACACCAGCGGUGGCUCUUCUCCCAAGGUACUUUCUCCUGGCUCUACAAGGGACUUACGGGAAGUCUCUGAUUUCAAAAGCUCAGAAAAUUGACAAGCUGCCAAUAGACAAAAGAAACCUGGAAAUCCAGAACUGGAGAAGCAAACAUAGGCCUACCCCUACCCCUGCUUCUGCCCCUGCCCCCUCUCCUGCACAGACUCAGCCCCCACGCCGUCCAGCACCACCUGUCCCACAGAAGGACUUAAGAACCAGCACCCCAAAGUGCUCCAGCCCUCCGAGGCAGAAGCACAUUGAAGAAUGGAUUCUCCAGGGUCAGAGAUGCAGUAGAGAGCACUCCAGGGAUGAUGCAUGCUCAGCAGACACCUCAGCUAAACUCUCAUCUGGGGAAUACCUUCUGGGGCCAGAUAGGACUGUGGGACCAAAGGACGUAUCCCGACUCUCAAGCAGACACAGCCAUCGCAGGUCUCAGAGUUCACUGACCAUAUGAGGGGGCUGCAGAAAUUGGUACAAACUCAGAAGAGGCCCCCAAUCACUGGGCAAGUAACCUAGUACCCUUUUUCUUCAUAGAGGAAUGAAUGUACAGUUUUAUUCUUUCUCAUCAGGGUUGACUUCCUUGAGGAAAUGAAGGAGAUUGACAGAAACAGAUUAGGAAGCCCAUUGGCCUCUAGUUUUUAUCUUGAUAACAAUAGUCUGUGACUGGAUAUUAUAUUUUUGUUGCAUUGUGUUUGAGUUUUUAGCCCAAGCACAUCCUUAUGACCUUCUAAGUAGGUAAAGCCUGUGAAUGCAACCAGGCAGUAAGUAUCCAAAGACUCCCACAAGUAUUUCCACCUAGGAGAUACGUCAGAAUAUGGAAGUUACUGGGCUUGUCAGACCAUCUCCUCACCCCAAGAGUUCAAGUUUCAGAAGAGAGCUAUGCAUAAAAGCACUUCAUCUCAAGGUCACUACAGGGUGGGCCAAGUCCAGACUAAUAUCCUUUCCAUUCAGAGUUCAAUCUGCUUUCUUCCUCUAAGCCACAGAAAAAUUGUAUCCGAAGAUGAAAAUGACCUUUGUACUCAGUACCAGACACUAAGGAGGGUUGUAGUGUUAACAUUUGUGUAGGAGGCAGGAAGAAUACAUAUAGUAAAGUAUUCCAAAAACCCUUAUUUCAACUAAUAGACCAUAUGUCCCACCAUCUGGGGAAUAGCCUAAGGGGACAUAGCACCCUUUUCAUAAAGCUAUUAUAUUUAUUUUGAAGUAAAAUUGCCCAUCCUCAUUCAACUCUUAGAAUCAAAUCCUAGCACAGCUGCCAUCAGGAGAAACCCACAUGACAGAUCAGCUAUGAGCCAACCAUGACUUCUUAAAGGAGCAGGCUGGUGUGAAACCCCACAUUCAUUCAGCGCAUACCUGAAUGCCAUCACUGGUUGUCAGUGGCCCAUGCUUCAGCUAGACUGAGUCAUAAGAAAAGGAUGUCAUGAAAGCUAAAAAUGUUAAAGAAUUCAAAACAGUAUUUAAGUAAAAGAAUGGAUGACAGGGUUCGAAUAAGCUUUCAAGAGAAGCUGGAUCUGCUGUGGGCAGCAAUAGCCUGUCCCAAGUCUUCGGAGAUAAGUUGGAGAGUGUUCUUAAGCCCUCCUCUCAGGGCUAGAUGAAAC